AUGCGGUUUAGGGUUUGCGAUGUAAAUGUGCCAGUAAAAUCGCCACGUGGAAAAGAAACAUGCAGAGAAACAUGUGUUGAAGCUGAUCAAUAUCCGUGCGGUGACACAGACGACACCAAUAUAUUCUCAGUUUACACUGUCGAAAAUGUUCCUCCUAGCAGUAAUUCACAAGACAUUGAGAGAAACUGCCUGUUAUUCUACUAUAAUUACAGACCUGGACAUGAUUAUUAUUGGGAGUCUUGCAUUUUUUAUAGCCCCACUGUUGUGUUAUGCAGCAACAGAUAUUUUUCAGGUUUAAGGUCUACUGAGGCAAACUCAAGACUAGAAAAUAAGGUGACGGCGGAAAUAUAUAAAGGUCGUUCAAGGUGGAAUCGGGCUGUUGAAUACUGCAUCGAUAAAGGAAUAUUCCCUGCAUCGAUACAAAGUAUCAAAAAUGGGAAUUUUACAGAUCAGGACGCCCAGGACCACUGGACAGGAAUUAUUAAAACAGAAUCUAUUAUAUCUUUGAACGAUAUGCUUGGCAAUAGCACCUAUCCACCUUGGACGUAUGCAUAUGUGGAGAAGAUGAACCAGACUGUUUACGUCAGAUUUGAAGGUGAUUCGAAAAGAAAGAGGAAAAGCUUGUGCGCAGGAGAUGACACAUCUGCAGGACCCCCGACAACGCCACGAGAGACACAGCCAACUUAUUCGAAAUCAACCACGACACUUGCCAAAACUAUAACAGAACCAUUGUCGUCAACCACUUAUGGCAAUACAGCAUACACACAUCCAACCCGAGUGUCAACAUUGAAUACAACGCCAAUAUCGCAUCCGGUACCUGAAGGAACACCAGCGUCUUUAGACAGAGACAAAGGAGGCUCAUCAACUGCAAUAGUGGUCGGUGUGGUAAUUGCUGUGACAUUAGUUAUUGCUGCAGUACUUGUAGUUUUGAUUAAGAGAAGGUACAUGGCCAGGGCUUGCUUUAAUAACGCCUCGACAGCAAAUACUCCAGGACAGCCAUCCACAGGGGUGUCUACUGCUGUGGACAAACACCAACGAGUUGAAUAUGUUAACACUGCAAAUAAUGAAGGUCACAGAAACACUGCAGAGGGAAAUACUUACGAAAAACUUAACAUGACUAAGGGUGUUGACAACUAUAUCUCACUCCAAGAAAUAAACGCGGUCGAGCACGACUAUCAAAACACAUGA